AUGUCCGGCCGAAGCGCGUACGUGCGCAAGAAGAUCACGGAGACAAAAUCUAGCAGCGACAAGAAUCCUGGCCAUCCAAGCACAGCGGAUCUAAAGCACCCAGAUGUGUCAGGCUCACACAGCUUUGACUAUGGCGAAGGCUAUGUGGAAAACUAUAUGUCUCCUCCGGGAACAGGAUACGGCGCAAAUGGCGUGCGUUUUCUCAAGUUCUCAGAGUCGCCACAUCCUGACCUGAGCCACAAGAUCCCUAUAUCAACGACGGGCACCUGGAGCAGUGGCAGCCAGAGCGGCGGAAGUGAUGGAGGCAGACGAGACACUGGGGCAUUUCAACAGCAACAGCAACAUCAACAACAACAGCCUGUGCCCAUGGACAGCUUCGCCUAUGCUCGCGCUAGGAAACCCAUUAUCCAUACCGAGGACGUCUCUGGCAUUGAGCGCUCGGGCUUCAGGAGCGCGAUAGACAAGAGGAGUGACGAUGUAAGGAGAGGCAUCAGCAAGGCCUUCGGUUUCGGGAGGAGGUCCAAGAAGCAAGCCGAUGGCGAGCCACGCACUCACUCGUCGGCUGGCAUGUCGAUUGCGACUGAAUAUGGUGCCCACGAAUCCGAUGACAUGCCUCCCAUGCCACCCUUGACCCCAUCACAACUCGCGUCUUGGGAAUCCCAUGAUGUUGCCCACCCGCCAUCUUCCGAAAGCAGAGGACAGCCUCUUGUGCCUCCUCCGACGCCUCCAUCCACCAUUAAGCGCUGGAUCGGCGCCGGACGUCCAGUCCAGAAUGGAACUAGAUUGAGAAAGGAUCCCGAGUUGUGGGACCCCAACGGAGACGUCCUGGUCUACAUGGCGCCCCAUGGACAGACGCCGCAACCGCAGCCCCUGUUCCGGCUGUCUUCUCACAUCAUCGAAGCGACGGACAGUAGAUUUCUAAUUCAGUUGAUGCGACAAGGCGCUACGCAUGGCCAUGUUCCUAUUCCACCGUCGCCGGAUACCCCAUCCGGAUCGGCUCCCCAGAACUUUGGCAGCCACUCCGAGUCUUGGCACAUGGGAAGGGGACAUCAUGGCGACGGCAUGGAUGAUGCCGAAGGCAAUGACCAGAUUGCCUACGAGAUGUACUUUCCGGCACCUUCAGAGCUCAGCAAGUCUGAAGCCCAUCGCCACAACAUCACGACCCGGAACGUCUUGGCCCUUCUCUAUCAUGCCUCACUGGUUGGCGUGACAUUACACCAAGCUCUUUCAGACUUGUACUCGCGGCUUGAAACAUACAUGCCGCCAGAUGUCGACAACAUUGGCAUCAUACUCAAUUAUCUCUCUGCACGGGCGAUUGAUGACUGCCGCAACGACCCGGAGACGGCCAUUUCACUUCUUGCCUGGUCUGAGUCGCAGACGAUACGCUGGGAGGAAGGGUGGCGCGAGGCAUUUCUGCACUCUGUUGGCAUGUACCCAAGAUUGCAUGACUGUGCAGACUAUAGGCUUGUCACGCCAAUCUCACGCGCGCUGCUAGAGCGUGCUUCCCUCGAGACGCAACUGCGUGUCCAGGCCGCCGAGGAGCGAUUGGCCGACUUUUCCUAUGGCGAUAUCUGGCCUCAGGGAGGACUAAUUGCCAACAGCCAUGCCAAGGCAGCGAGUGACCGGUUGCGCAAGUUUUUCAUAUCACACUAUUCCUCGUACUAUGGUGAAUGGCCGCCGCCGCCGUCUGCAACAGAUGACCAUUCGGGCGAUGGGGAAGACAUUUGGCUUACGAGAAACGUGGCACAAAAGCUCCAGAAGGACUUUGGUGCACUUUACGAUUAUCUAGUGAACCGCGACAUCACUUGGGACGAGUCGGAAACCCGAAGCAGCAGAAAGUGGGAGAUGGUGUCUGAGAGCGGCAACAAGGCCUUUGACGCUGACACUGUUGAUUUGCCCAUGACCGACCUGCUCAUUGAAUGGGACAACCGGUCCAAGUUCCCUCAUAUACCACAUCCAUAUCCCUUGGUGCCCGACUCGUUCCCUCCGACGAAUGCACCCGUGGGCUUGCGGGACAGAGCCAAGAGGGACAAGCACAAGGGGACCGAAGACCGCGCCGUGGAACGGCGCAUCCACUUGGCCUACACUGAAGCGACGAAUAUAUAUAUCCUUGGUUCCGACUUUCAGCAGUCUGGACUUAUUGAUAGCUUUGUCAAGUUUGAAAAGUCGGAUCAUAUUGGAAUGCUAGAUCCCAUGGUCGGUCGCCGCGGUCGCUGGGUGUUGAUCUACGGUAUUCUCCAGACUCUGGCCACCAUUUCUGUCGACGCUCCCUAUGUCCGCUACAAGAAGGAUGUGAAAUAUCACCUGUGUCCGCGAUUAAAAGGGGUGAGACUUCCACCGUGGAGAGGCGUCGCCAAUAUCAGUACCGAGCCCGCCCACGAGCUGUCGCAUUGCUGGACUACAGCACAAACCUGGAAUGAUAGCAGCGACCAGGAAGCAGCCGACGAACUGAGCCCCAUCACAAUGAUGAUGAGCGCCCAAGGCCACCAAUUCCCAAACCCCCCGCCGAGUGUGGCUCGUUCGAGCACGUCGGGGUGGCAGGCCUCGAUGCCACCGAGCGGUCGCUCGAGCGCCUUGGGCACUUCUUCGGCCGUGAGUGUCAUGUCCGACGAUGCGCGCAGCUUUCGCACUGUCGCAACGUCCAUUUACCGGGCCCCGAGUCACGACCGGACAAGGAACAGCAAGUCUGCUGCCACGCCUGCAUCGCCAACAUCGGCAGAAGGUGAAGCUGUCAGGCCGCGCGCUUGGUCGCACCGCUCGCGGAGUAUAAGUGCAGCACGCAGCGCCGCCGAGGUGGCGGCCAUGUCAGUAAAACCGCUACCGCCCUUGGCCGACCAUGUCACUGCCAAUGCACCAAGCGGCGGGGGCUUUCUCGAUCUCGAAGAGAGUCCCCCUCCAGUUUCUCGGAAGAAGACCAACAGCCGCUCCGUAACUCCGAGGGAAAGGCGGGUGGAUGCGGCCGGUACCCCGCCGGUGAUAAGGGAUUUCGACGAGCUCCACGUCGAUGACAAUGAGAUACCGUGA